UUCACCCCACUCGGACUAAGUGACCCUUAGACCUUUAGUCCUCACAAGCGCCUACGCGCCGAAUAUCAUUAUCUCUCACCGUGCAUUCAUGAUACUCACCCAUAAUCCUGUGGUGCAAUUACUUACAUAUGUUCUUGCUCGGAUUGUCGUAUCGCCCUUCCACGUCCUCAAUGCAACCCCUAGAGCGAAUAUAGGAGGAUACCAGGGAGGUCAUGGCGCCUCAAGGAGAGAUCCCCGUCGCAGCCAAUGUGCUGGGGACUAUCGGGACAGUGCUAUGGUCGAUCCAGUUGAUACCGCAGGCAUGGACGAAUUGGCGGACCAAGAGCACCGAGGGCUUGCCUGCGAGUAUGAUGUUCUUGUGGGCAUUAUGCGGUGUCCCUUUCGGUGUAUACGCCAUCGUCCAGAACUUCAACAUCCCCAUCCAAGUGCAGCCCCAGGCCUUCGGGAUCCUGUGUAUAAUCAAUUGGGGCCAGAUCCUGCUCUAUACCUAUAAAUGGCCGCUCUGGAAAGUCCUCGCUAUCACCAUCGGCACGACCGGUGCCUUUGGCGGCGUUGAAGCAGCCCUGGUUCUGACGAUCCGCCCAAUCUACAAAGCCGGAAACGAGACCCCAGUCAUCAUCAUCGGCGUCAUCGCCGCCAUCCUCCUCGCAGCGGGCCUUCUGCCUCCAUACGGCGAGGCCUGGAAGCGAAGGGGGCGCAUCAUCGGGAUCAAUUUUCUGUUCUUAAGCAUAGACUCGUCAGGCGCGAUAUUCUCGCUCUUCUCGCUCGUCGCGCAGCAUACUUUUGACGUCUUGGGAGGUGUCAUGUACAUUAUCGUUAUUGUCUUAGAAUUGGGAAUCUUCGCAUCGCAUUUCAUUUGGCUCUUCCAGACACGUAAGAUACGGAAGCAGGCGAAGGCAGAGGGCAAGACUUUCGAUGACGUCAUGGCGGAAUAUGAGGAGCAGGGCGUGCCGUUUAAGUUUGCUGAGCGCAAGGGGACGUGGCCUUGGAGGAAAAGUAAGGGUGAUGAAGAGAUUGCUAUGGGAAGCGAUGAGAAGAUUUCUAAUAAGAGCCGUGAUGUGAAUGAGGCGGCUGAUAAGAAGGAUGUGAGUGAUGAGGGUGCGAGAAGAAGUGGUCAGGACUCGGAGGAUUGAGAUGCAUGAUAUGAUGAAUGAGCGAAAUAGAGCAGUUUAUUAGACCAUACGGCAUGUAAAAUGCUACAUUCAAAUUGGCAGAACUUACA